AUGGCGACUCUGAAACCCCAAAAGAAGAUUGAGUUGUAUAGUGGGAACUACUUUGCGGCCUGUACGGUUGGAGGGGUGAUUGCGUGUGGGCCUACGCAUACCAUGGUUACGCCGCUUGAUCUUGUAAAAUGCCGCCGUCAAGUCGACCCCACAAUCUACAAAUCCAACGCCCAAGCCUGGAAAAUGAUCUACUCCAAAGAAGGCCUCCGCGGCGUCUUCUUCGGCUGGUCCCCAACCUUCAUCGGCUACUCGCUCCAAGGAGCCGGCAAAUACGGCUUCUACGAGGCCUUCAAAUACCUCUACGGCGACAAGUUGGCCCCCGGCCUCCCCAAACAAGUCGUCUACCUCGCCGCCAGCGCCUCUGCUGAAUUCCUCGCCGACAUCGCCCUGUGCCCCCUCGAGGCCAUCAAAGUGCGCAUGCAAACCAGUCUUCCCCCCUUUGCCCACACCCUACGCGAGGGCUGGACAAAAGUGGUGCGUCAAGAGGGCGUCGCCGGCUUGUACAAGGGCCUGUAUCCGCUCUGGGCGAGGCAGAUUCCCUACACCAUGGUCAAGUUUGCGACGUUUGAAGAGACGGUGUCGCAGAUUUAUGGCUUCUUGGGUCGGCCCAAGGAGCAGUUUACGGGCUUGCAGCAGACGGGCGUGAGCUUCCUGGGUGGCUAUAUUGCGGGUGUUGGAUGUGCUGUUGUUUCCCAUCCGGCUGACGUCAUGGUCUCCAAACUCAACAGCGACCGCAAAGCCGGCGAGGGCGCCGGCCAAGCCAUCACCCGCAUCUACGGCAAAAUCGGCUUCAGCGGGCUCUGGAACGGCCUGUCAACGAGGAUCUUCAUGAUUGGCACCCUGACUGCCUUUCAAUGGCUCAUUUACGACUCCUUCAAAGUCUACCUCGGUCUUCCCACAACCGGGGGUCACUAA